CUUAAACUUUACAUAUCCCAAAGGGAUCAGAAUUCAGAAUCCCUCAGUCUCUUUCUUUGUCGAACCGAGCCCAGCCCUCUGAGGCUCUGACCCUCUCUCAAACUAUCCUUCGAGGAGUUCGAGCGCAUCGCGGCAUCCCUGAGCCCAAACCUGGACGGCGUCUCCUUCAAUCAAACCAUUCGAUUUCAUUUCACAUCACAUCAAAUCCAUUCGAUUCAUUCCCAGAUUUCCUAUUGCUGUUCUCAAAGUUACAAUAUUGAAGGCAAGGAGCUAUUGCAGUUGGUAAGGCAUGGAUUUGUAAGAAGUGGAUCACAUCAGAUUACAGAAGCAAACAUGCCCGAUACCAUCGCUCUGAACCCAAGACCACAAUUUUUGUAUCGAGAUUCAUCAGCUCCUGUCUCUGAAGACACGACUCUGACUCCGAGUAAUCAAUUUAGUGAUGCAUAUUUUUCCAUAGAUUUGGCCAAGUCCUAUUCUAAUUCACCCUAUGCUCAGAAAAACGAAGGGAGGAAAGAAAGUGGUCAUCAAGGUCCAAAUGGUACCGCUGAUUUAGUCCAAGGAACAUUUCAGUCCAGCAAGGUCAGCAAUAAAGUAGGACCAGAAAACAAAUUGAAUGAAGCAUUCUUGACUCGAAGUGACACACUUACCAGGAAGGAAUUAGGCCCAGAGAAGAAGAGAAAACCAAUUGAAACCAUGGGGAGGUCAAACAUCAGAAAUCAGAGUACUAAAUCGGAUACACAAGAGUCAAGCGGUUCAUUUUUCCAGAUGCUCUGUGGGUGCUGCAAUCCGGGAUAUGAAAGAAAUAUCUGACUGUAUCAGCUGCCACAUAAAGUGAAAUACAGUCAUUCAAGUGAUCCCAAGAAGGUGGUUCAACUAACUUUAUUCCUGACAAAACAAUCUUUGAAGAGGGAAGCAGAUGGAAAGUUCAGUUUAAUGCAGUAGUGUUCUUUCUGCGAUCGAAUUAAUUCAGUCGAGGCAAUAUAUCAUAAUUCCAGUAUGCAAGUAUAAUCACAAGAACAUCAAAAGCUCCUAAGGGGGGCUAUACAUGAUCAAUUGAUUGUGUCACCCAUGAAUUGAAAUCAAUGUCGAUCUGUGUAUUUUGUUGAGUGUGUAAACUAUU